AUGUCAUCCCCAAUGAUGAACAGUACUGACGGCCGAAUUCCCGUCCAACAAGACGACAUGGAUCGAGUCGAUAUGUCGUUUCAACAACAAGCUCAAAGACUAGCGGAAUUAGAGAACGCAGUCGGUCAACAGACACAUCAACACGAGCGAAUUACCAACGAAUUGGAUGACCCCGAGACCACCAAUGAACCCAUGGAUCUAGCAGUUGUAGAUAUCCCACCUGAAGACAAUCCCGUUUGGGACGAAUCUGUCACCGAGCUAAGAAAGUGGCAUAAAGAAUACAAACAAAUCAUAGUAGACACUACAGAGAUAGGUGAUAAAAGAUACCGUAUUGCAAAAGAAGCUGAAUGGACCUUCAUGAAGCUGGCAAAUCGUGAUCAUUACAAUUAUGCCAAUACUGCCAAAGCUAUGGAACAUGAAACAGAAUAUAACUUAACACAGAAAAAGAAAAUAUAUAACUUAAAUGAAUAUCGAGAAAGAAUCCUACAAGCUCUAUAUAAAAUGCAGAACGCUCCCUCAGAUCCGAUAGAUGUUCAAAACAACAAGAAAGUUUUUGAAGAAAAAUAUCAAGAAUGGAAGCAACAUCUUUUAGAGAAAUACAAAAACAAACCCAGGUGUUGUGAGUCUUGCCGACUAUUUGGAUGUGAAGAUAGUCCAGAACCAGAAACUAACAUAGAUGAACGUGCAAAAUCAGCUCCAAAAGAACCAACAGAAGUCUUAAUUCUCCCAGCGCAUGAUCCUGACGGAAAGAAUGCUUUGUAUUUCACGGAUCUCGAAAACAUCAUAAAUGAGGAGGAUCAAGAUAUACCACAAUCAAAUGUUCAUCUCAUAAAAGAUACCGCCAACCACCAAAAAUCGUCCUUCAAGAAUCAACGUGACACCAGCACUGUUUACGGUGGGGCUGGCUGUCUCAAAAUGGGGGCCAUGGGUCACUCGAUGACGCUGAAAGAAAUCUUCAUCCUGGAUCCGACUUAUAAGUCUCGCCAAUCUUCCCAUUUCAAGAAUUCUGCUAAGAUUGUACCCAAAAAAUUCUAA